AUGGCGUCCGGAGGCGGCUCCCUGGGCCUCAUAGCCUGCUUCUUGCUGCUUCAGCCAAAGCUCUGCGAGGCCAGGGCAGCUGCCUCUGUAAGCUCUACUUCCGAUUUCCCCUCCGGGCUCGGUGUAGCCCCGAGGGAAAACCCUCCGCCACUCACCCGGGUGCUCACGACCAAGGUGGCCUACAAGAUGCCUACCACCCGCUCUCCUUUCUCGAACUUAUCCUUAGUGUGUGGCCAACCCUUUAUGAAGAUCAUGGGAGGGGUGGACGCUGAAGAGGGAAAGUGGCCCUGGCAGGUGAGCGUCCGGAUCAGACACAUGCACGUCUGCGGAGGUUCCCUCAUCAGUCCCCAAUGGGUGCUUACUGCAGCCCACUGUAUUUACAGCCGAGUCGAGUACAACGUCAAGAUGGGCGAUCGGAGUGUCUACCGACAAAACACAAGUCUGGUGAUUCCCAUCCGGAACAUCUUUGUCCACCCUAAGUUCUCAACAACCAUCGUUGUUAAAAACGACAUUGCCCUUCUCAAGCUCCGACACCCCGUGAAUUUUACCUCUAACAUCCAUCCUGUCUGCAUCCCUUCAGAGACUUUUAAUGUGAAAGCUGGAACCAAAUGCUGGGUCACAGGAUGGGGCAAACCAGAUCCAGGUGCACCCAACAUUCCAACAGAAAUUCUCCAGGAGGUGGAACAAAAUGUCAUCCUUCAUGAGGAAUGUAAUGAGAUGCUGAAGAAAGCUACAUCAAGUUCUGUUGAUCUAAUCAGGAGAGGCAUGGUCUGUGCUUAUAAAGGAAAAGGAAAGGAUGCUUGCCAGGGAGAUUCUGGAGGCCCGUUGUCCUGUGAAUUGAACAACAAAUGGGUGCAGGUAGGAGUUGUGAGCUGGGGCCUCAGCUGUGGUCGCCAAGGAUAUCCCGGAGUUUAUACAGACGUUGCCUUCUACAGCAAGUGGCUAAUUGCUGUGGUGAACCAGGCUGCUUGUUUGCAUCUGGUGGUCCUCCCCAUCGUCCCUGUCUUACUGCUGUGUUUGCUAACCUUGUGACAUCCUGUGGACAUGGUGAUGGCUCGUCUCAUUCCCAUCUGGUUUUGGAGCCCCUCUCGUUUGACCUUCCCAAUGCCCUUUCUUCAAAUCUCAUUUGGGAUCCCUUGCCCCAGAGAGAGCCACAGUGAAAUAUGUGGGGGA